AUGAUACAGUUGCAAGGAUCGGUCAAAAGCGACUACCCCUCAGGUGUCGAGUAUCUUCACCGAAGUGUACUUGACGUGCUGAUCCUCAACGCAAACGUGGAGACGCUUUUGCUGGACACACCCCAAUUCCUCUCGUUCCGGGAACUCUUGCAGUUCAUCUAUGCCUUCCCCGCCCUUCAACACAUACAUUGUUUUUACCAGCCAAGCUGGGAGCUCUCGAAUCCAUCGUUUGGCGGAGCCGGGUCGAAGACCUUGGCGAGAUACGUGAAAGAACUCGCCGCUGUCUCUCUAUCGCUUGUGUCUUCGGCCUUUGUUACGGAAUUCUUCAAACUGUUUGCGAACCGGUGUCACAAACUGCAGUUUACCUUGGACAAUGUCCCUUCGCUCUCAUACAACACUGGGUUAGAACAUCUCAGCGUGACCUUCGUUGCUGGCUCGUUACUGAGCACGUCGUCGGUUUACAAUACACUCCUAACGUUGUUCUCCCAAAUCAGGGCCCCGUGUCUGAAGUACCUAUACAUCCACGUCUACUUGCAAGACCCUGACGCCGGCGCCAUUGCCGACCUCACCCAAGACAUGGGUAUGGCUGACUCAAUCUCUGCGGCCGUUUUCCAUGCUGCAAUCUCUCGCGAGACCUUCGGCAACCUCCGCCCUCGAACCGUGACACUGUCGUUCAAACACCAUGCCCGCUACUCGCCGGCGGAGACCCAGCAUUUCCACGCAACACCGCUUGACUUAUCCAUGUCCGAGGCCAUCAAAUGCUGGGCGGUUCCCCUCUUCAUUCCAUGGCUAUCGCGCGGAGCUAUGGUGCUUGGGCUUCCGGAUGGAUCGUUCGUCGUGGAUCCACCGCACCAUAGCGAGGUCCCCGAAGAUGAUUUAGACAACCCCUCCGGUCCUGAUGUUUCCUUUCUUGGGAAAGCAAAUAGGUGA